AUGGCGGUCAAGUCAGACAUGACAAAAGCAUAUGACAGAAUCGAAUGGGAAUUUGUCAGACUAGUGCUACAACGACUCGGGUUCGAUAGCAAAUGGGUCCAAUGGGUAAUGCAAUGCCUAACCACUGUGUCAUACUCUUACCUUAUCAACGGAACAGCACAAGGCAUGGUUAAGCCGACAAGAGGGAUACGUCAAGGUGAUCCACUAUCCCCGUAUAUCUUCAUAUUGUGUAGUGAAGUACUCUCAGGGUUAUGCAACAGAGCCCAAGAAAAUGGAAGUUUACCGGGAAUAAGAGUGUCCAAGAGAAGCCCCAGAGUAAAUCAUCUCUUAUUUGCAGAUGACACGAUGAUCUUCUGCAAGGCGAACCCAACGACCUGCAACACCUUAUUAAACAUUCUCCGCAAGUAUGAAACGGCUUCAGGGCAAAAGAUAAAUCGCACCAAAUCUGCCAUUACGUUCUCAGCAAAAACAAACGCUGCAGUUAGACAACAAGUUAAGAAUGCACUCGGAAUUCAACAAGAAGGAGGAGUGGGCAAAUAUCUGGGGUUACCUGAGCAUUUUGGAAGAAGGAAGAAGGACCUCUUCAGCCAGAUAGUAGACAGAGUGAAGCAGAGAGCCCAAAGCUGGUCCACCAAGCGAUUAUCUUCCGCAGGAUAG